GCAAAUACUCCGCCUACUUUUACCCCUCUUAGCGACCUAGCCUCGAGCCACGGAGGUAGCACUGUCUUCCACAUUCCCUAACAUACGUUACCUGCUCUGCACCGAACUCCAAGGGAUAGCGACGGAUUGUUGACGGGGAAGCAUGGCUCUCAAGGCCCGUAUACCCCCGCUGCUAGCCCUGCUGGUGUGUCUCGUGGCUUCUGCCGCAAGCCCACGAUCCAAGAGAGCAGUCACGUCCGAGCAGCCUAAGAUGGUGACCGAUCAAGGUCACUUGAUUUUCCAAACCGGAAACAACUACAACAUCACGUUCAAGUCCGGACCGGGGGCAUGGGUCAACUUCCAGGACCCUCAGGACCCCAAUAGUGUAGUGGACUCGUCCAGUCUCAUCAACAUGGUCAGACAACAUGAGCAAGAUAUAGGAACAGUUCCAGAUGAUAUUUCGAACCAGCUGUCCAAUCUUGACAAUAGUAUAACUACGUUGCGACGAGAUGUUACAAACUUGCAACAAAACCAGGGUUCCACAGAUGUACAACAGUUGCAGACACGAUUGACAACCUUGGAACAGACAGUACAACAGAUACAGACAUCUGUGAACACUCUGACAACAAAACUUACGGUGGACGAGUGUUUGAGUAACCCUUGUCGAAAUGGAGGCACCUGUAUGGACAUGUACAACGGCUUUCUCUGCUCAUGCCCAGAACAGUGGCAGGGUGCAACUUGUGAAACUGACUUCAAUGAAUGUCAGUACUGGCAGGGCACUUCUAAAGGCUGUCAGAAUGGCGCCACCUGUACCAACACUCCAGGAGGAUUCCAAUGUACCUGUACUGCAGAGUGGGGUGGUGCCCUGUGUAACGUCCGUGUUAAUGACUGUAGCAGUGGGUCUUCAACAGACAUCUGUGGGCAUGGCACAUGUGUGGAUAUGGACAGGACACAGCCUGGACAGCUUGCCUAUGACUGUAUCUGUGAUGACGGCUGGAAGAAGGGUGCAGACCCUAGCAGCCCUGCCUGUGUGAUUGACAUUGAUGAGUGCACAGAGAACAACAUCCCGCCCUGCUCCCAUGAUCCUCCUGUUCAGUGCAUCAACGUACCGGGGACAUACUACUGUGGACAGUGCCCUGCUGGGUACACUGGCAAUGGGUAUGCCUGUGCAGACUUAAACGAGUGCCUGACGAACAAUGGUGGCUGCUCGCAGGCACCUCUGGUGCAGUGCUUGAACACCCCAGGGUCCUUCUUCUGUGGCAACUGUCCUGCAGGGUACACAGGAGAUGGAAGAACCUGCACUAAUGUUGAUAUCUGCAGUGUUAACAAUGGUGGUUGUCACCCUCUGGCUACCUGCACAUCCAACCCAGCCAGCGCUGGCAAUGUCAUGCGGCAGUGCCAAUGUCCUACUGGGUUCAUCGGGAGUGGGGUUGGUCCUCAGGGGUGCCGAGCGCGCCCCAACCCCUGCAGACCCAACCCCUGUCAACAUGGGAGGUGUAGGGUCCGAUCCAACAGGAAUACCAACAACGGGUAUCGCUGUAAUUGCGAUCCUGGUUUUACGGGAACCAACUGUGACCAAGAUAUCAACGAAUGUGCGAGCAACCCAUGCCAAAAUGGCGCCACCUGCGUUGACGGCGUGAAUGGCUACAGUUGCACCUGCACCAGUGCCUUUACUGGGCCCAACUGUGAACAGGCCCAACAAACCUGUGGUGGGAGUUUGUCAGGAGAGUCUGGUUCCUUCACGUUCCCCCUCACACCAGGACAGAACUACCCACAUGGACUCAGCUGUGCAUGGGUCAUCACUACCACUCCUGGAAAGGUGCUGUACAUUACCUUCCCAGAGUUCCACCUUGAACAAGCGAGCAACUGCCAGUACGACUGGGUACAGAUCCACGACGGCGGGUCGGCGUCUGCGUACCAGAUAGGGAAGUACUGCGGCACGACGGCGCCCAACCCGAUAACCAGCACGCACAACCAGCUGUACUUCUGGUUCCGCUCGGACCAGUCAGUGUCGGGAGAUGGUUUCACGGUGGUUUGGCAGUCCCAGGACCCUGCUUGUGGAGGGGACCUCACCGGUGCUGAUCAUGGGUCCAUCUCGUCUCCUGGUUACCCCGGCACCUACCCCAUCAACAGAGACUGUGUGUGGCGGAUUCAGGUGUCGCUUGGAAACCAGAUCACUUUUGCCUUCGCACACUUCGCACUGGAGCACCACGAUACAUGUGCCUAUGACUUUGUGGAGAUUCUGGAUGGUUAUACAGAGACUGACCCCUCCCUGGGGAAGUGGUGCAGCACGCCCGACACCCUCCCCACCCCCAUCACAACCAUGGGGCCGUUCGCUUACGUACGCUUCCACUCGGACCAGAGCCUCACCGACUCCGGUUUCCUCAUUACAUACACUGCUCAACAACUUGGUGGAGGCUGCGGUGGGCUGUUCACAGAAGAUGAAGGCAUCAUCAUUUCUCCCAACUAUCCCAACGCCUACCCGCACAACCAGGAGUGUAUCUGGGUCAUCCGUGUUCCCGACACAGAGGUCGUCACUCUGACCUUCACUAACAUGGACGUAGAGGCUCAUGGGAACUGUAUCUGGGACUAUGUGGAGGUGAGGGACGGUGGGGAUGACACGGCUCCGUUUGUCGGCCGAUACUGUAACCAAACCAUCCCAGCACCCUUCACUUCCACCACCAAUCAGCUGUUUGUCAAGUUCCGCUCAGACGCCUCACAGACCGGCUCUGGCUUCAGGGCUACCUGGGCAGUCACUUGUGGCGGAGUCUUCACAGACCCAACAGGCACCCUGCUGUCCCCAUACUUCCCUAACGCCUACCCACAUGAGAAGGACUGUUACUACACCAUCAUGCAGCCCAUUGGGAACACCAUCACUGUCACCUUUGUAACAUUCGAUGUGGAGGACCAGACCAACUGUCUCUAUGAUUACCUGGAUGUGAGGGACGGAGGUAGUGCUGACUCCCCCCGCCUGGCGCUGCUCUGUGGUACGGCCGUCCCCCCUCCUGUCGUGUCCACACAGAACGUCAUGUGGCUCCACUUCCACACCGAUGCCUCUGUCGCUAACAACGGAUUCAGAGCAACUUACGAUACUAACCAGGGUGGAUGUGGAGGCACACUGAAUGGUGACACAGGUUCAUUCACAUCCCCGGGCCAUCCGACUAACUACCCGCAUGGCGCUCGCUGUGUCUGGUUCAUCGAAGUUGACCCUGGCAAGGUCGUGCGUUUGACCUUCCACACCUUCACCCUGGAGAAUCAUGCCAACUGUAACUACGACUAUGUGGAAGUGUACGACAACUCAACUGCCACUGGAACUGGUGGGCUCAUUGGAAGGUAUUGUGGCACAGCCACGCCCCCCGUGGUCACCAGUGCUGAGAACGUGAUGACAGUCAUCUUCCAGUCUGAUGUUAGCAUCGCCAGGGAAGGAUUCACAGCAUCCUAUGUGGCCUUGGAUGCAUCUCUAUUGUGCGGCAAUGCCCUGACCAGUGCGACUGGUAUCAUCGAAAGUCCCAACUAUCCGGGCAACUAUCCCCACAACCGUGAGUGUGAGUGGACGAUCACCGUGCCAACUGGACAGCAGAUUCGACUCAACUUCACCACCUUCAGCAUCGAGAACCACGCUAACUGUAACUACGAUUACCUGGAAGUCAGAAAUGGCGGUUAUUCCACGUCUCCGCUGAUCGGCACGUACUGCGGUACGACCAUCGACAAUCCCAUCAUCUCCCAUAGCAACCGUCUGUACCUGAAGUUUGUCACGGAUUACUCGCUCUCUGGGCAAGGUUUUCAUGCAGAGUACGAUGGAACAUCUACAGGAUGUGGUGGCACCCUGACCACCCCUACUGGUACCUUCAUCUCUCCCAACUACCCCCUGCCGUACGACCACCAGGGAGAGUGUUACUGGCACAUUACUGUAGCUGAGGGGUCCGCCAUCUUGUUGACCUUCGUCGACUUUGACCUUGAGAGCCACAGCCGCUGUGCCUAUGACUAUGUCCGAGUGUAUGAUGGCCCUGAUGUGCUGGCCCCGCUCAUGAUCAGCCUGUGUGGUACAAACAUCCCCCAGCCUCUCACCAGCUCCACUCACCAACUCACCAUCAAGUUUAGGGCAGACUACUCUGUAGCAGGACGGGGCUUCCAGGCCGCCUACCACAGCUUAUGUGAUCGUACCAUCACUGGACAGACCAGCGGUGCUAUAGCCAGUCCCAACUACCCUGACCCGUACCCACACAACAGGGAGUGUACAUGGAUCAUCCAGACUACACUGGGAAAUGCUAUCAAUGUCUCCUUCACCAACUUUAACAUUGAAGACCACUCUUCAUGCAACUAUGACUACAUCCAGUUCCGUGAUGGCGGAGAUGCCAACUCCCCUCUGAUUGGCACGUACUGUGGCACGUCGACCCCUGCCGACCUUCGCUCUACCGACAACAACCUGUGGAUCAAGUUUAAGUCCGAUGCCUCCGUCGCUCGCAACGGUUUCAGGUUCGAGUGGGUUAUGGAUGGUUGUGGAGGCAACCUGAAUGGUCCUACUGGUGUCCUGAACAGUCCAAACUACCCCAACCCUUACGACCACCGUCGGGAGUGUCUGUGGUACAUAACCGUGGACCCGGGAAGCAGCAUACAGCUCACACUGCAUGACUUCGAUGUGGAGAAUCAUCCCAACUGUAACUAUGAUGUACUGGAGGUAUACGGUGGUCCUGACCUGGACUCUCCCCAGCUCACCAGAAUCUGUCAGAACAAUGAGUUUGCUCGGGAGAUGCAGCUGUCCAGUACUGGUAACGCCAUGGUGGUCAGGUUUGUGACUGACCAGUCUGUGAGCGGCCGUGGAUUCAACGCCUCUUACGCUGCCAUCCAAGGGGGUUGCGGUGGAAACUUCUCUACUCCAACUGGUAUGAUCCAGUCACCUAACUACCCCGAUGUGUACCCUCACAACGCUGACUGUACCUGGACCAUCACUGUGGAACAGGGGAAGAUCAUUGUCUUGACGUUCGACUCUUUCCUGAUUGAAUCACACUCCCAGUGCAGAUAUGACUUUGUGGCUUUGUACGAUGGCCCGGAUCCCAGUAGGAAUGGUUCGCUGAUCGCCAAAGUGUGUGGGAGUACCAUGCCAGAUCCCAACACCUUCCGCACCACGGGGAACCAGAUGUACAUCAGGUUCAGCUCCGAUUCCAGCGUCGCACGGCGAGGGUUCCACGCAACCUACAACACUGGCUGUGGAGGCCUUUUGAGUGCUGAUACUGAUGGACAGCUGACUUCUCCCAACUAUCCCAGCAACUAUGACAGGAAUACAAACUGCAGCUGGAUCAUUUAUGCCAGUGGAGCAACUGAACACGUGACCCUGACCUUCACACAUAUGGACACAGAGGACAACAACGGAGAUUGCGGUGACGACUAUGUCACAGUGUACGAUGGAAACACACCACAGUCUCCUUUGAUUGGUACCUACUGUGGCACACGUAUUCCCGCUCCUAUCACAUCAUUGGGCCAGUACUUGACUGUGCAAUUCACCUCAGAUAGCUCGAUCCAGAGGAGUGGUUUCAGCGCUCUCUACACCAAGUCUAUCUCAUCUUGUGGAGGAGACCUUAUUGCAGAGCAUGGAGCAUUUAACAGUCCAGGGUACCCACAGAACUAUCCCAUCAACACGGAGUGUGUGUGGACCAUCACUGCAUCACCUGGUAACAGGGUCCAGGUGUCUUUCAGCUUGUUUGACCUGGAGAACCACAACACCUGUACGUAUGACUACGUCGAGAUUCGCGAGGGAACCGACGACAGUGGCACGCUGCUGGGACGAUUCUGCGGACAGUCUGUGCCGGCAAACGUCACCACCGGUCACCAGCUGUGGAUCAAGUUCCGCUCAGACUAUUCUCUAACUGGCGCUGGCUUCAUGGCACAGUACAGCAUGUUGCAUGGUGGUGAUUUGACCGGUCAAGCUGGACAGCUGGCCUCUCCGCUCUACCCGCGCCAGUAUCCCAACAACGUGGACUACAUCUGGACAAUCUCUGUUGGUUCUGGAAUGCGAGUCCGUGUGGACUUUGUUCAGAUGAACAUGGAAGGUUUCCCUGGUCUGCCUGGAAUUCCAGUUUCUUGUGCCUUUGACUGGCUUGAGUUCCGAGAUGGUCCCAACCCGACCUCUCCAGUGAUUGGUGACAGACUGUGCAGUACUGUUCUUCCCUCGACUGUGUACAGCACCAGUAAUAUCAUCCGCGUGGCCUUCCACACUGACUACAGCGUCACAGGCACUGGUUUCCUCUUCACCUGGCUGGCUGAGCCUUAUGUGAGCCCAACUGGCCAACCUGCCACCAUUGCACCAGGGGUGUGUGGAGGUGAUGUCAUAGCCGGCAGCACCCCCCUGCCUCUGGUCUCCCCUGGUUGGCCCAAUGGUUACGACCAUAACCUGGACUGUAUCUGGACGAUACGCUCGCCUGCCGGGACUCAUGUCCGCCUCACGUUUACCGGCAUGAGUCUGGAGGCCCACGGAACCUGUAACUACGACGCUGUUACCGUUAUUGACGGUGAGACUAUCAAUGAUUCCCAACUUGGAAAGUUCUGCGGCCGCCCUAACCCCCUGCCAGGUCCUCUGGACUCCUCCCUCAAUGCCAUGGUCGUUCGCUUCACCACCGACUAUUCCGUCAACAGUACCGGAUUCUCUGCAACAUAUCAAGCUGCUUGUGGUGCCGCGAUCAAUGCAGACAGUGGUUCGGUCAUGAGCCCGAACUUCCCUAACAACUACCCUAGCAACGUGGACUGUGGCUGGCCAAUCACUGUGUCCAGUGGCAUGACAAUCGGCCUCACAUUCGACAACACAUUCAACAUCCAGGGGAACUCUGGAAACUGUGGAGGAGACUAUCUUAUGCUAUUAAAUGGAGACCAGGCUGACUCCCCUCCCCUCCUUCCACCUGGCAACAACGGUGACGGUAAAUACUGCGGCAGCUCUCCACCAACCAACCUGCCGCAGACAGGCAGCAACAAGCUGUACGCUCGCUUUGUGUCCGACGGAAGCGGAGCAGGCUCAGGUUUCAAGGUCAACUUCCAAGCUCAAGGACAGGCUUGUGGAGGCAGUUUGGCUCUCACCAACUCAGUCACAGAAGGGUUCAUCAUGUCACCUGGUUACCCCGGCAACUACCCUGUAAACAUCGACUGUUUCUGGACGAUCACCGCUCCCUCCGCCAUCCAGCUGGACUUUGUGGAGACGUUCUACAUCGAAUCUCAUCCAAAUUGCCAGUAUGACUUUGUCCAAGUGUUUGAGGGAGACUCCCAAAAUUCCCCGGUCCUGGGUACGUUCUGUGGACAGACACUUCCUCCAACCGUGCGGACUGUCGGAAACACCAUGAUGGUUCGCUUCCGCACGGACACCAGUGUGCAGCAUGCAGGGUUCAAGGCCAAGUACAGCAUCGCUUCUUGUGGCGGGCGUUUGGCCGGUGACUCUGGAACAGUGAUGAGCCCCGGCUUCCCUAAUAACUACGCCAACAACCUGGACUGUGAGUGGCUCCUGCAGGGUCCCACCGGUCACUACGUCACCUUCACCUUCGCUGACCAGUUCAACAUCCAGGGCAACUCGGGCAGCUGUGGCACCCAGGACUAUUUAGAGAUUAGGGAUGGCACCAAUUCAACUGCUCCCGUCCUUGGUCAGUACUGUGGCUCGAGCGCUCCGGCCAGCGUGGACACGUCCGACAGCUAUGCGUACAUCAAGUUCCACACAGACGGCAGCGGUCAGGCACCUGGCUUCAGUAUGACCUGGCAGGCCAGUGUGGAAUCUUGUGGCGGCCAGCUGACCACUCCUACUGGUACGUUUACGUCGCCGAACUUCCCCGGACAGUACCCGCACUCCCGGCGCUGCGUCUGGCAGAUCACGGUACCGCAGGGACGGCGCAUCACGCUCAGCUUCACAACCUUCAACAUCGAGAACCACAGCAGCUGCAGAUAUGACUACGUCGCUGUUUACAAUGGCAUCACUCCCAGCUCCCCCUUCAUGACCAGGCUGUGUGGAGACACCCCUCCCACCCCUGUAGAGUCCAGUGGUAACACCAUGACUGUGGUGUUCCAAACAGACGGCUCUGUCAGCAACGGAGGCUUCAGUGCCACUUACUCUUCCAACCAACUUGCAACCUGUGGUGGGGUCUUGAGUGGUCCUCCUGGAGGUGGCACCAUCACCUCUCCUAACUAUGGCAACGGUAACUAUAGCAACAGCCAGGAGUGUAUCUGGGUCGUCAACAACCCUAAUCCCAUCAACUCCUCCGUGGUGCUGCAGUUUACUGACUUCGAGCUGGAGACUCAUGGGAGAUGUUUGUACGACUUCCUGGAAAUCCGUGCAGGUGGGGACAUGAACAGUGUCUUGUUAACUCGGCUGUGUGGUGCAGACACCCCUCCCACCAUGGCCAUCCCUACAAACCAGGUCUGGAUACAGUUUGUGUCCGACUACUCUGUGGUCCACCCUGGCUUUAGCCUCACCUACAGUUUCUCUGCUUGUGGAGGUGUAUUGGAUGGAACCAAUGGCGUCAUAACCAGUCCCAACUUCCCCAACAACUACGACCACAACGACUUCUGUACAUGGCUCAUCAGGGCACCAGAGGGACAGACAAUUUCGAUCACGUUCACAGAUUUUGCCAUGGAGAAUCAUCCAAACUGUGACUUUGACUACUUGACAAUCUACAACGGUGCCAGCAUAAGUUCACCACAGAUCGGUAGAUACUGCGGAAACAACGGCCCUCGACCUUUCACCUCCGGCAGCAGGUAUCUGUUGCUGUACUUCCAGACAGACGUCAGUCAAUCGGCUAUGGGCUUCAGGGCUACCUACACCACGGAUGGCUUGGGAUGUGGAGGAAUUCUCCAUGGUAACUCUGGUACCCUCAUGAGUCCCAACUACCCCCAGAACUAUCCUCACAAUCUGGAGUGUGAGUGGACCAUCAAUGUGGACCCUGGCUACCAUGUGUCACUCAACUUUGACCCCAAUUUCUUCAUCGAAGCUCACAGCAACUGUAUCUACGACUAUGUUAUGAUUCGAGAUGGAGAUGACGAGAAUGAUCCAGUUCUUGGUGCCAGUAAUUCUUACUGUGCCAGCAACGUCCCAGAACCUGUACAGUCCACCAGUAACGUCAUGUUUGUCAAGUUCCGCUCAGACUACAGCAGCAGUGGCAUGGGAUUCUCUGCCAACUGGACAGUUGGUUGUGGAGCUACCUUGACGGGUGACUCAGGUUCUAUCAUGUCCCCUGGAUAUCCCAACCUGUAUGACAACAACCUGGACUGUAACUACACCAUUGCCCCUGCCGACUCACAACGCUUCAUUGUCCUGGAGUUUGACACCAACGUCUUCGAGAUUGAAGAUGGUACCAACUGCCGCUGGGACUAUGUGUCUGUCAACGAGGGCACAGCGGCCACCCCGGGUCAGCAGCUGGGUCGUUACUGUGGCGAUGACCCGCCCAGCCCGCACAGCACCCUGGGUACCAUGUGGGUCCGCUUCUUUACCGACCAGUCUGUGCUGCGUAGGGGCUUCAGGGCAACGUAUACAGUAUCAGAAUGUGGCGGUCGGUUCACAGACCCGUCUGGAGUGAUCGCCAGCCCCACCCACCCUGCAGAGUACCACAACAACCUGAACUGUACCUACAUCAUGACUGUGGCCACAGACAGGAUCGUGGAACUCAAGUUCUCCUUGUUUGACCUUGAGGCUCACUCCCAGUGUAACUACGACUACCUUGAGGUGCGUGACGGGCCCAGCUUUGAUUCCCCGCUGCUGGCCAAGCUCUGUGGUAGCGAGAUUCCAGACACGGUCAGGUCGACUGGGAACGCCAUGUAUGUGGCCUUCGUCACGGACUACUCCGUAACCGCUGCCGGUUUCAGGGCUGUGUAUCGUGAAACUUUCGGCCCUGCCCAAGGCUGCGGCGGAUCGUUGAUCGCUGACAGUGGGACGAUCCAGCCCGUGGACGUUGACAACAACGGUCAGUACGAGAACAACCAGGACUGCACCUGGACAGUCACGGCGGCCGACACAAAAGUCAUCAGUCUGAGCUUCGACUCUUUCGCUGUGGAGGCAGAGAGCCAGUGCAGAUACGACUACCUACAAAUAAGAGAUGGUCCGAGUGAGCAGGACCCUCUGAUCGGCACCUACUGUGGUAACACCAUCCCGCCUGCCUUCAACACGUCCACCAACUUCCUCUGGAUACGCUUCUACACCGACCAGAGCGUCACCAACACCGGCUUUGUGGCCAGAUGGCAGGCUGUGGACUCACAAUGCGGAGGGACAUUCAAUGCCACCAGUACCCCGCAAACUCUGACGUCGCCCAACUACCCCGGCAACUACCCUCACAACCUCAACUGUCGCUGGACCAUCCAGGCUCCGGAUCCCGCACAGAGGCUCCGGAUCAAGAUCACAGACAUGCAGAUCGAGGCUCAUCCCCAGUGUCAAUAUGAUUACCUCCAGCUGAGGGACUACCCUAUGGACGACACUGGUCGUACGUUGACGUACUGUGGUAGACAGCUGAUAGAGUUUGACUCUCGCAAGCCCACGCUGCAACUUAACUUCCGAACUGACGUGAACUCAGCUGGCCGAGGAUUUUAUCUGACUUAUGAGAUAGCAUGUAAGUUGUGGGAUCAUAUUGUCAUGCAGGAAAAAGAUCAGCAGCAAACAAAGCAAUUUAGACAAAACUAUCACCUUAUAUUAGCAAUUAAAGCUA